AGGAUGGCUUGAGAAGAAGUGCGACAGACGUUGCGGGCGAGAAUGGAAAAUUAGCCGCCCGCACAUUGUGACAUGAGAGGGAAACGUUUUUUAUUCCGAGCUGUUGCACUGGUGGCCUGUGUGAUUGUGUGCACUUCAUUGAUUUACUUGUGGACUGAGCGUGAGCUUUCGUCUAAGGGAAACUUCCCGAAUCCACCUGGCAGACUGCAGGAAUUGGACCGGCAGUUGAAAGCUCUGGAAGAAGAUGCAGCGAAACAGCGUCGUGAAUCUCAGAGGCUUCUUCACAUGCUCACACAGUUUGGCUUGAAAAACCUUGAGAUCAAACGUGAGAUUUCGAUCGUCGCUGCUGUUCCCGACGUGCUUGAAGCUGGUGUCCAAGGACUGCAGGUGCUGGUCAAUUCUGAGAAAUCAGUCCUGAUAGGAAGUUCUGCACCACCGAUUCCUAUCGUGGUGAUUGCCUGCAACAGGCCCUCGGUUUCUCGUGCUUUGGACAGACUGAUCGAAUUUCGGCCCAAGGGACUGGAAGAUCAAUUCCCGAUCUACGUCAGUCAGGAUUGCGGGCAUGUGGAAACCGCAGAAAUAAUCAGAGGUUACGGUUCUCAAGUAAUUCACCUGGAGUUUACGGACCGAACCCCGAUUCCGUUGGACAAAAAGGAAUUGAAGUGGAAAGGAUACUACCUCAUUUCGAGGCAUUACAAGUGGGCUUUGCAACAAGUUUUCAACAAAUACAAUCAUUCCGCUGUCAUCAUUGUAGAAGGUCAGUUUCACUCGAAACUCUUCGUUUUGCCUUUCUGUGAUUUUAUCGCUGAAAUGACCUCUUUCUCAAACUUCCUUCCUCAAGACGAUCUGGAAGUUGCGGCGGAUUUUUACGAUUACUUUUUGGCGACUUACCCCUUGCUUUUGGGGGACAAGUCCUUGUUUUGCGUGUCCGCGUGGAAUGACAAUGGAAAGAAGAAUUUGAUUGACGACAACGCUGCAGACCUGUUGUAUCGCAGUGACUUUUUUCCUGGUCUGGGAUGGAUGAUGACACGUGAUAUAUGGAUGGAGCUGGAAGAGAAAUGGCCUCGCGGGUACUGGGACGACUGGAUCAGACAGCCGGAACAGAGGAAAGGAAGGGCGUGCAUUCGUCCCGAGAUCUCACGUACGUGUACUUUCGGAAAGAAAGGAGUUAGCUUAGGACAAUUUUUCGACAAGCAUUUGAAGUUUAUCGUGCUCAAUUCACAUCCUGUGCCUUUUACUCACAUGGACCUUUCGUACCUGGUUCGAGAAAGAUAUGACAGAGAAUUUUUGGACGCGGUUUAUCGCUCACCGGUCGUAGAUCUGGAUUCUUUACGUCACAAUAAGUUACCUGAAGGCAACAUUCCCGUGAGGAUUGUGUACAACAGUCGGCCCGUUUUCAAGCGUAUCGCAAAAGCUUUGGGUUUGAUGGAUGAUUUCAAGAGUGGCGUGCCUAGGACGGCAUACCGCGGUGUGAUAUCGUUAUUCUUCAAUAGUCGGAGAGUUUAUGUCUCACCUCCACCUUCAUGGAGGAGUUACGACCCAGCGUGGACGUGAGAUUUCUUGAAUGAGGAAAAUUUCGAUAUUUUCUGGGGGCAACAGAAGUUAGUCAAAAGGAGUUUGAGGAAACUGUUGGAAUUGCUGUGAUUCAGGCGUGUGUAUUCUGCUCUUAUCAGCAUUCCCAUUCUGUGUGAUUCUUGAUCUUCUGGAAUAUUGUACUCUUGGCGUCACCCUGACAAUCACCAGGUUGCUUUUUUGUUGUUGUUUUUAUGCGUGGCGGACCCUGGUUUUCCUUGAGCAUUUUAAUGGGAAUGCUUGUUGCGAUUCUUGCUUGAUUAUAAUGAGACGACUCGAGUUCAAUUCUUGGUGCAUCUUUGAAUUGUUGUGAUUUUGUUGUGCUCUUAGGUAUAGGGAUAUUAUUCUGGAAUCCCCUUGCCUGAGCUGUGAGGAAAUGAAUCGUUUUUUGUUCGAGGAAU